AUGCUCAUAAAACGAUCGCGAAAAACGUCUGCUUUGAAUUCAGUGGCACUAAUAGAAGGAAAAGAACAAUGGAAUGCAUCAUGUUAUGACAUAGAAGAGGGCAACACUUUGGAGUUAUUUGAAAAUUUGGAGUUCCCUCCCAGUCUGAACUCAAUUUUCUUCAUCGAAACAUCAUGUCGAGGACGACUUACCUCUCGUCAAGCGUGUUCUAUCGAGGCUGCUGCUAGAGCUCACCCAAGAAGUAUAAUUUAUGUUCUCUUUAGUGCUCCAGUCUCAAAAACCAUGGUAAAAAGUAAAAUUUUUGCAAGACUACUUCUAUUCUAUAACAUAAAAUUUGUAAGAAUAUUAUUCAGAGACUACGCUAAAAAUACUCCAUUAGAUAUGAUGAUUGCAACAACGCCUUUCUACAAAAGCAAAUGGUGGAUCGAGCACUCGUCUGACAUUUUCAGGUAUUUGACGCUUUAUAAGUAUGGUGGCAUAUAUCUGGACACAGAUAUGUUAGUGGUAAAGUCUCUGGAACCUCUUGGAUAUAACUGGGUGGGCAGACAAGACAAUUUAUCCGUUAACGGUGCGGCCAUUGCUCUAUCUCUGGAUAAACUUGGACAAAGAGUAGCCAAAGCUUUAGUCAUGGAAUUGAAAACUUCGUACAGGUAUGAUCUUUUUGGCCGUAAUGGUCCAGAAGCCGUCACAAAGGUUCUACAAGAAAUAUGCAGCACGCCCAACGUUACCGAGUGGUCUUCUGAGACGUGCAGUGCACGAGACGCGUAUCUGCUGCUGUAA